AUGAUAUUAGUCCAACAAUAUAAAAGACCACCAAUUUUAGGUAAAUAUUCAUCAGUUUUAUCCAAACACUCCCAAAUAAUCAAYAUGAAAGCUUUUGCCUUUUUGCUCGUCGCUGUGRCUUUGGCCGCACCAGCCUUCGGUGAGGUCUUGGACCGUUGCUCCUUGGCUCGUGAGAUGUCUCGCUUGGGUGUACCCAGGGAUCAGUUGGCUCGUUGGGCUUGUAUUGCCGAACACGAGAGCUCCUWCCGCACYRAYGUCGUCGGCCCAACCAACUAYAAUGGCUCCAACGAUUACGGUAUCUUCCAGAUCAACGACUACUACUGGUGCAAACCUGCGGACGGUCGCUUCUCCUACAACCAGUGUGAUAUCAGCUGCGAUAGAUUAUUGACCAACGACAUCGAACCCAUAGUACGUUGUGCUCAAAAGAUUUUACGUAUGCAAGGUUGGUCGGCCUGGUCCACYUGGCACUACUGCGACGGCUAUGUGCCAAGCACUGCCGACUGCUUCUAAGCGUUUUGUAAAUGAAUUUAAAAAAAUAUAAAUUGAAAUAAAUAUGUGAAGUUGAUCCUGAAA